AUGUCUGUUUCAUCCACGAAGAGCAACGCCAAGCUCAUUGAGGCUCUCCACAGCACCAACUGGCGCCAGCCAGUGAUGUACUUUCACGAGGAUCAUGGUGGUCCGGCGGUUGACAAAAAGAAGCGAAGUCGUAAUAGUUCCUCCAGUCUUGACCCCGGUUAUCACUCUGCCCACCAAUAUGGCUCCGUUCACGAAGCUUCUCCUGUACGAGUCGCCAGUAGCAGUCACUCCAUCGCAGAUCCAUUCUCAGAUGCCAGCGGCUGUGUCAUCAAGGGUUCAAAAGAUACGCACAGCAGCAGCGUCGGCCUCUUAAGCGGCAUUGCCGUGGCUGACGAUGCUGUUGCAGUUCCUGCCAAGCGAGCUGCUUCUGCGUUCCUGGACAUCCACCGGUCGUCUCGAAAAGGACCAGAGACUUCGACUUUUGUCUUCGACUUUGUUUUUCAGCAUGACGAAUGCUACGACAAAAAGACAUGCCGUACCCACAACGGUGACUUUCCGAUGGCAGAAAUUAUGAGCAUCGAGGACCCCGAUCAUCCAUGUUCGCCGAGUACUCCAACAACUCGACCUGCGCCUGAGGAUACAGACGAGACACACACUUCUCGAACACAGUCCCGCGAAGACCCGACGAACCCCUGCAACAGUCCGGGUAACUUCCAUGAUGAGGCAGCCCGCGCGUCUGCCGCUAUAUUUACCGACUCCGCUGUACUAAACAUUGAAGGCCUCCAUACCCAAGACGCUCGCAAGACAAACCCUAUAUCUAAAGCUGAUCAGUACAACGAACUCAUGGCCAAGUUGAGCAAGGCUUCCAAGGAGAAAAAGAUGCAAGAGAUGAUAGGUAUGCGACCGAUGGAGAAUGACUGUCACAAAGCCCGUAGGUCAUCUCACCGGCAACGGGACCAGUCAGACGACUCAGGCGUUGGCAUCAGACCUACCGGCAGGCCACACCACUUGCCCACCAAUCUCGAUCCUACCGCAAAAGAAUUCAUCGUCGACGCUGCACCUUGUACUUCUACCACCCAUGUCGUCAACAAGUCACCGAACGAUAGGAUCAGUCCUCGGGGCAGAAUUGCUGCCAAAGAGAGAGCUUUCAUCGACGCUAUCAGCUGUCUGGCUGAGUACGCCAAGGAGUGCAAGAGCCUACAGGAAAUGGUCCAAAACAACAUACAGCAACAUGAUUGUACUGAGUUUGCCACGCAAGAGAGCUCAGUUCCGAUGCCGGUUGUACCACCGGUCCCCAACGUACUUCCAUUUGCCCCUCUCGCCGGCUAUCCUAACACACCAUGCAUACCUGCUCCCAACCCAUGCUUGCCUCCGAACGCGGGACCUCAAGGCGUCAUGAUGCCACCUCCGCCUGGGUUCGCGGGCCCUUCCUUUGGCUUUUCUGACAACCCACUACCAAUGCUGCCGCCUUUCGGCCCCGCGGACACCCCCUUCCAUAUGAUGCCUGGAUUGAGACCUUUACCGACUCACAUAGGACCCAUCAUGCAUCAACCGCCCCCUCCUGGCUAUCACGGCCCUUUACCCAUGCCUCCUCCUGCUUACGGCUAG